GCAUCUUCUCACGCUUUGCUUACCAGGCUGAUAUCUCUGUAGUAUAGUCAUCAUGAAGGCUCUUAGAGGAAUGGUGAGCGGAGCCGUGAACGAAAUAUCAUCCGCCGUCACCGGGAGCAAACACUUCGCCGUUCGGGAAAAUGUACUCGCCGUUACCCGUGACUACAUAUCACAGCCGAGAUUAACAUAUAAAACCGUGGCUGGUGUGAAUGGGCCUCUGGUGAUCUUGGAUCAAGUCAAGUUUCCCAGGUAUGCUGAGAUCGUCCACCUGACGCUGCCUGAUGGCACCAAGAGGAGUGGACAAGUCCUGGAGGUCUCAGGCUCCAAAGCUGUGGUUCAGGUGUUUGAGGGCACAUCUGGUAUUGAUGCCAAAAAAACCACAUGUGAAUUUACGGGGGACAUUUUGCGCACACCCGUGUCUGAGGAUAUGCUGGGUCGCGUCUUCAACGGAUCGGGAAAGCCGAUUGAUCGGGGACCAGCAGUGCUGGCAGAAGAUUACUUAGAUAUUAUGGGUCAGCCAAUUAAUCCUCAGUGUCGUAUUUAUCCUGAGGAAAUGAUCCAGACUGGAAUAUCUGCCAUUGAUGGCAUGAACAGUAUUGCCAGAGGGCAGAAAAUUCCUAUUUUCUCUGCAGCUGGUCUGCCCCAUAAUGAGAUUGCUGCACAGAUCUGUCGUCAGGCAGGAUUGGUGAAGAAGUCCAAAGAUGUGAUGGAUUACAGUGAGGAAAAUUUUGCCAUUGUGUUUGCUGCCAUGGGGGUCAACAUGGAGACUGCACGAUUUUUCAAGUCAGAUUUUGAAGAGAACGGAUCCAUGGACAAUGUGUGCCUCUUUUUAAAUUUGGCCAAUGACCCCACGAUUGAGCGCAUCAUCACCCCUCGUCUCGCACUCACCUCUGCUGAGUUUUUGGCCUAUCAGUGUGAGAAGCACGUGUUGGUCAUACUGACUGACAUGAGCUCUUAUGCCGAAGCUUUACGAGAGGUCUCUGCGGCUAGAGAAGAGGUGCCAGGCCGACGUGGUUUCCCAGGGUACAUGUACACAGAUCUGGCCACCAUAUACGAGAGAGCCGGACGCGUGGAGGGACGAAAUGGCUCCAUCACCCAAAUCCCAAUCCUCACUAUGCCUAACGAUGAUAUCACCCACCCUAUUCCGGAUUUAACUGGCUAUAUCACUGAGGGUCAAAUCUAUGUUGACAGACAACUUCACAACAGACAGAUCUAUCCACCUAUCAAUGUACUACCAUCUUUGUCUCGAUUGAUGAAGUCAGCCAUCGGCGAGGGGAUGACACGCAAGGAUCACUCUGAUGUGUCUAACCAGCUGUAUGCAUGCUAUGCUAUUGGAAAAGAUGUGCAGGCAAUGAAGGCAGUGGUUGGAGAGGAAGCACUGACGGCAGAUGACUUGUUGUACCUGGAGUUCCUACAAAAGUUUGAGAAGAACUUUAUAUCACAGGGUGCCUAUGAGAACCGAACUGUGUUCGAAACUUUGGACAUUGGCUGGCAGCUUCUGAGAAUCUUCCCCAAGGAGAUGCUGAAGAGGAUUCCUCAAAGCACUCUGGCUGAGUUUUACCCUCGAGAUUCCAAACAUUAGUCCUGCUUUACGCAAUGGGUUUGUCAAAUGUUCGAUACUCCUAGACGUUCCUCUCUCUCUCACUGCUUAAGUACACCUUUGCCUCAAAAGGUGUAUUGAUGGAAUACAACGUUGUUUUUCAUUGCUUGUUUAUUGCUGCUUUCAGAAGUGAUUGACUAUGUAAGUGUCACUAAAUAGUCAAGUAAAUAUUGUGAAUAUUGUCACUACACUGCAGUGAAAGUUCAGAGGUAUAUGUGUGUGUCAAGUGUUUCAAACGGUGUUCUGACAGAAUGAUGUGCAAUGUGCCCAGCUUUUAACGGUAGUCUGUGAUGUUUCUUUUAAACAUUUAAGCGAUUUAGUGUCCACCACAAAACUGCCUGAUGUUAUUUUAUCAAAGUGCCAACUUUGAGCGUAUAGUGUCUUCAUGUGUUAUAUGGAUUUGUCAUUAUAAACAAUCCACUUUAUAUAUAUAUAUAUUGACCAUUAUAUAUAAUGUGAGGCGCAGGUUUAAAUUGUUUGAAUGGUUUAAAGGAAUUUGAAAAGAGUUGUCCAAUCUGAUAGAAUGCCUUUUUUGCUACUUUACUUUUUGCACUUUUGUUUCAUGUUUGUUGAAGAUGUCUGUAUUACAACAAUGUGUCAUUAUUCAUAGUUGUGAAAACAUAUGAACAUAUGUUAUUUAUUGUUUCUAUUUAUUUUGGUGCCCUGAAUUCUAUGUAUUGUGAUUAAUGUAUAAUGUUGUAAUGCAUGAAUAUUGUAAAUGUGAAUAUGCUUUGUGAAAUAAACCAUAAUGUGUAUAAAUUCAA